CAUAAUACCCGCGUUUGGUGGUACAACCAGGACCCUCGUUUUUAUUGGUUCUUCUCUCGGUCCACGUACGAAACAACGAGGUUGUCCGCGGUCCGUCGUCGAUAUUAUGGCUCCGGUGUGGUUGUAGGCGGCUCGUGCAACGCUGCACGUCCCUGUCUCCUCGGCCAUCUCGCUGCGCUGCGGUCCGAACCCCUAUCCAUGAUGUCCGCAGCGGCCGGCGGCGGGGCGUCGUCGUCGUGCAUCGUCGGGGCGGCGGCGCUGAGCGGUAGCGCCGCCGGGACCUCGGCGCUGGGAGCCGGCGGCGGCGGCGGCGCCGGGGUUGCCGGGAGGCUCCCGGUUCGAGCGCUGGAGCACGUCUUCUCGUACCUGGAGCUGCCGGAUCUCAUGCGCUGCGCGCUCGUCUGCUGGCACUGGAACAGCUGCCUGUCGGACGAGAACAGCGAGGUGUGGCGCGCGCUGUGCGUGCGCACCCUGAGCGAGGAGGCGCUGCGCUCCGACAUCCUCUGCAACCUGCCCACGUACAAGGGCAAGCUGAAGGCCUUCCAACAUGCUCUGAGCUCCCAUGACUGCUCGCGCAACGUCUACGUCAAGAAGAACGGCUUCACCCUGCACCGCAACCCCAUUGCCCAGAGCACCGAUGGGGCCCGUGGCAAGAUUGGCUUCACAGAGGGUCGUCACGCUUGGGAGAUCUGGUGGGAAGGGCCCCUGGGCACGGUCGCUGUCAUUGGCAUCGCCACCAAGCGAGCCCCCAUGCAGUGUCAGGGCUACGUGGCACUCCUGGGCAGUGACGAUCAGAGCUGGGGCUGGAAUCUGGUGGACAACAACCUGCUUCACAACGGGGAGGUCAGCGGCAACUUCCCCCAGUGUAACAAUGCACCUAAAUACCAGAUCGGGGAGAGGAUACGUGUCAUCCUGGACAUGGAGGACAAGACGCUGGCCUUCGAGAGGGGGUUCGAGUUUCUGGGGGUGGCCUUCCGGGGGCUACCCAAGGCCUGCCUUUUCCCUGCCGUGUCAGCCGUGUACGGGAACACGGAAGUGACUAUGGUGUACCUGGGGAAGCCCCUGGAUGGCUGAUGUUGCCUUAGCUGGCGACGGGGCAGGGGGGCGAGGGCACUUGGGCAGCAGAGAUGUGCCAAGGAGACCUUUUUCCCCAGCCAGCGAAUGCUCGCUGUUAACGUCCCGUGACAGGAGUGCCACAGAAGAGUGGAGAAUUGGAGAAGCCAGUGCCGUUUUGCAGCUGCAGAUAAUCUACUAACAUGUCUCAGUACAGACUCUCAGCUGCUGCGCAUUUUUUUUUUUUAUAUAUAUAUAUAAACUUGCACACAGCAAAGGACCUCUUUUUAUUUCAUUUUAUCAAAAGACAAGGCUAAAAUGAAUGAGCACGACACCUUGCGUCUGCUGAAAACGAGGCCAAACCCACUAGGAGCUUUGUCGAAUCCCUGCAUUGUAUCUAUCAAAAGAAACGCAUAAUUUAUUGUUAUCGUUGUAAUGGCAAAGGUGGGCGUGGUGAGAUAUUGUACAUUUUCACAGCAUAUUACGUACCUCUUAUUGUCUCCCCUGUUUUGUAGCUCGGGUUUGUCUUCAAGGAGACUGCAUGUGUCUGUACUGAACCUGUUCCCGAGCAUGUGCGAAGACGAGAGAAAGUUACUUGCUGUACAGUGUUUAAUUUACUCCGUUGUUCGUGUAGUACAACAUGACGUGUAUUUAUUGGGUUUUAACUUUGGUAUCCGUGAGGUCAGAAAAGCCUUUUAAAUAAAGAAUACAUGAA